AACACCGCUGUCCUGCUCCUCCCUGCCAGGUAUCUUCUGUAUGACGUCAACCCCCCAGAGGGUUUCAACCUCCGCAGGGAUGUCUACAUUCGAAUAGCUUCCCUCCUGAAGACCCUGCUGAAGACUGAGGAAUGGGUGCUGGUGCUGCCCCCAUGGGGCCGCCUCUACCACUGGCAGAGCCCCGACAUUCACCAGGUCCGGAUUCCCUGGUCUGACUUUUUUGAUCUUCCAAGUCUCAAUAGAAACAUCCCCGUCAUUGAAUAUGAGCAGUUCAUUGCAGAGUCUGGUGGGCCCUUCAUUGACCAGGUUUAUGUCCUGCAAAGUUACGUGGAAGGGUGGAAAGAGGGGACCUGGGAAGAGAAGAUUGACGACCGACCCUGCAUUGAUCCGCUGUUGUACUCGCAAGACAAGCACGAGUACUACAGAGGAUGGUUUUGGGGUUAUGAAGAGACAAGGGGUUUAAACGUUUCCUGUCUGUCCGUUCAAGGAUCAGCUUCUAUCAUUGCGCCUGUGCUUUUGAGAAACACAUCAGCACGGUCCGUGAUGUUAGACAGAGCCGAGAACCUCCUUCACGAUCGCUACGGAGGAAAGGAGUACUGGGAUACGCGGCGGAGCAUGGUGUUUGCCAAGCACCUGCGGGCUGUGGGCGACGAGUUCAGAAGUAAAUAUCUUAAUUCCACAAACGAGGCCGACAGGAUCCCCUACGAGGAGGACUGGACCAAGAUGAAGGUCAAGCUGGGCUCCUCACUGGGGGGUCCGUACCUCGCCGUCCACCUGAGAAGGAAGGAUUUCAUCUGGGGCCACAGGGAGGACGUGCCCAGUCUGGGUGGAGCUGUGAAGAAGAUACGCAGCCUCAUGAAGACCCACGGGCUGGGCAAAGUGUUUGUGGCCACAGAUGCCGUCAGAACAGAAUAUGAGGAGCUGAAAAAGCUGUUACCCGAGAUGGUGAGGUUUGAGCCCACGUGGGAGGAGCUGGAGCUCUACAAGGAUGGAGGCGUGGCCAUUAUCGACCAGUGGGUCUGCUCGCAUGCCAGGUUCUUCAUCGGCACAUCCGUCUCCACGUUCUCCUUUCGGAUUCAUGAGGAAAGAGAGAUCCUAGGGUUGGACCCCAAGACUACGUACAACCGAUUUUGUGGAGACAAAGAGAAAGAGUGUGAGCAGCCCACCCACUGGAAGAUUGUGUACUGAGCUGGCGCCUUGCCCCAUGCCCUGCACCCAUUUACAUGUGGUGGGCUCUCGGGCUUCCCCUGAUGACACACGUCACUGUGGGGCUGUCUCCAGCCCGCAGCUAGACAGGCAGACCGUCACAUCUUAGGGCCUCAGCCCAGAGGUGGCCACAUACAGGCACAGUCCAUGGCCACGUGAGCCAUGGCGUGAGCCGCACUGCUCCGGGUGCUGCACCCGUUCUUGGUGUCUCCUCCAGCUGUCGCCUGUGAAAAGGCACUGCAGCUUUCUGGGGACUCUGGUUGUGUUUUCUGUCAGGACCUGAAACCACGUCUCAGCCGCCAGCGAGGCCCAUGGUGUGUCUUCCUCAGCCUCCUUCUGGAGGCCUUUCCCCAGCAAGCCAAGGGCAGGCGUGGCAUGUGAGCAGCUCCCGUCCCAGGGAGGCCGCACAGCUGGCGGUGCCCUUGGACUUGGUGCGAUUUGGUCUGUAGGUCAGUCAUUUUAACUCCUCUGUUGCCCUAGAGCAGAGCCUUAGUUCUGCCCUUCCCCUUGGGCAAGACCUCAUGCAAAUUGGAGGGAAGGUGAAUCGCUGCCUCACAGAGCUGGGUUGGAGGGGGCCUGUGAGAUAAUCGCUCUCCGCUCUGGUCAGAGUGCUGGAAAGUUCCACGGCAGGUCUUCAGUGAUUCGGACUGUUCACGUGGAGAGAAACUGGUCCGUCCCCACACCAUGUCUAGUGGGCUGCCUCUGCAGUCGUGACUGUUACUGCCACAUGCCAGGGGUGGCAGUGCUUGGCCAAGAAGCCUCAGCACUGCUCCCCUCGAGGGCAGGGGUGUGGCCUGGAGGGGCAUGGCAGGCAAGCUGCUGUCCUUGGUCCCUGCUCUUCUCCAGGAGCCCUUUUUGAGGUCUCAGAAAUGCUGCCACUUGGGAUGCCACCAGCCACAUGGGUCGGCUGUGGAGCACUGCCAUGGAAGCCCCACCCUGUCCCCUCUAACUGGGAACCCUGACUUUUCAGGGAUACCAGGGUGAACAGCCAUGAUGGCGAGCGCAGGGCAUGGGGUCCUACUGCUGAGCCUGGCAGCCAAGGUGUGGCAAGGUCGAGGCCCAUGACCCCAGGUUCUCUUCCUUCCCAAGCUUCUGAAAUCUACCCUGAACACGUGCAGAGGCCCAGUGGUGUGUCCAUGCAGGGUGAAAUGGUGAAAUAUUUAUUCUAUUUCCAUUUAUACAUUCAAAUAUUAGUAAAAUAAAUUUUCUAGAAAGCUGGAAUCCUAUAAAUAGUACCUUUUCUUACCCUGAAUUCUCUUUUGGCUGCGAGCUUACAAAACAGUGUGGGCUGUGACCAUCACCUUUUGAAAGGAAAAUAAAGUGCUUUGUGGUGCUUA